UUGCUGCUGCUCAUCAUCACUUUUACCCGAACGAUCUUCAGUACGUGCGCGCUGCCGGGUGAGUUUACAAAUGCACUGCUGUACACGCUAAAAGGAAUCACACAGAUAUUAUAUAUUGAUAAUACAGAAAUAUAUACGUCAUGUUGUCCAAUUAUAUGAUGGCGGCUAUCAAAACUUGGACGUUCCUCACGUUGUUUGCCUGUGUGGUGUAUGGUCAGAGAAAACCACCGAAUUACCAGCAAAAUGAAAUGCCGCCGACCAGUUUCAGCUGCAAAGACAAAAUCGUGGGCGGAUACUACGCAGACCCCGAAACGUCUUGUCAAAUGUUCCAUGUCUGUGUGAACGUCGUCGGUACUGGGGUUCAAGAUUUCCGGUUUUUAUGCCCAAACAACACAGCGUUUGACCAAGAGAAUCAGAUCUGCGACGACUGGUAUAACAUCGAUUGCGAAGCGGCCACGUUGUAUUACAGCGAUAAUUUCGACUUGUAUAAACUCGGUUUCAGCGGAGCUCCGACCACAUCGGGUAAAGCUACACCAAUACCGUUGGGCCCAUCCAGCGCAUCACCAAACGGAGUAGCCCGCCCACAACCCAGUCCCAGGAGACCUUCACUAUCUGCCCCUGUCAACAACGCUGUGUCCGAAAACGACGACGACUAUUACUUACAGAGGAGUGAUUCCACGGAUAGUCGGUUACAACACGACCUCUUGCGGGGCAGUAGCUCGGGCAAUUUCUUCAGCAAUAAGAACAGGGGUGUCGAAAACCCAGACGACUACGACGAUAGCCGGAUAGUUGUUUCAUCUAAAGACGUGCCGAAGAAAAACACUAAAGCGCCGUUCAGGAAACUGUUAACAGGCAAAAAACCGGUUGCCGAAUCAAUAACGGGUGCUCCGAGUACCACUUCCGGCAUCACCAGUACUACCGUUGCUGCCACCACCAUCACCAGCACAAGCACAGUCAGGCAGCCUAAUUACAAGCCGACCACGUACCGUAGCAAGGACCGCGGCCGUGUAAACUACAAGACGUACUUAGACAAACAAACCAAAGCUGACGAAUUUGACUAUCAAAAAGUGGCCAAGCCCACCACUAUCCAGUCUACAACGUUCGCUCCAUCGACUGGUAAUACAUAUAACAGACAACCGACCGUGACCGUCGCUACCGUUGACAACACUUAUCAGACCACACAGGUAACCAAUGCCGUGCAACAAAAUAAUCGGCCGAAAAAUAACGAUUUCCUGCGCAUCGCACCAGCAAACAACAAUAACAACAACAACAACGGCGGAUUCCAGUCAGCCCGGAUCAAUGUAACACCUCCAACCAACAACUUCCAGACGAAUAAUGCGUUCCGUACGGCAAACGAUCAAGCUCAAAAUUUUGAACAAAAUGUGGUCAACUAUAAUCAAGGCUUCCAAUCGGACAAAACUACUUAUUCUACAACUCCACAAAACUUAAACCCAGCAAACUUCCAGUCUGACAAGAUCUUCACGACAACACAAAAAUACAUCCAAAACCCGACAACUAACACCUUCCAACAACAGAGUGGUAACACGUUCCAACCAGGAAAUAAUUUUCAAUCUAUAAACAAUUUCCAGCAACCCAACAACUUCCAGCAACCCAACAAUUUCCAGCAAGUUAAUAAUUUCCAGCAAGCCAAUAACUUCCAGCAACCCAACAAUUUCCAGCAAGCCAACACUUUCCAACCAGCCAACAAUUUCCAGCAAGCCAACACUUUCCAACCAGCUAACAAUUUCCAGCAAACCAACACUUUCCAACCGGCUAACAAUUUCCAGACCGUGACUCCUACUACACAAAAGUAUAAUUCGUAUCAGCCGUCGUCACCGAUCGCAUAUCAACAGACCACAAACGUGUUCCAGUCAUCGACACCGUACAACGUGGGAAACUCGUUCCAACAGCAACAACAGCAAUCAUCCCAGCAACCAAAAUUCCAAUCCACCACCGAGCACUUCUCUAAAGACUUCAAAGCGAAGUUUGACCCGUACAACAGUUACCACCAGAGUACAAACGAGGAGGCGGGUGAAACGCUGAAGACUGCUCCUAGCACGAAUCUGAGGCCGAGCGAACUCAACGCCCUUAUCCAGCCAAAACCUAAGUCGAUAAACGCAACGCUGUCGGUCGGAUUUAGUUUUAACAAGUUGGAUGGCGGAAUUGCCAAGUCCACUGUCAUCGUACCGACACCGACCACACAAAAGCCGAGGCCUUUCACCACGCAACAGCCCUCUUCGACGACGCAAUUUGUCCCCGCCAGUUCAACCGCGGCUUUCGUGACCGCAAAACCGACUGGCAGUGCCAAAAAGGCCGUUACCAAAGACAAGGACUCGUCGUACGAUUAUGCGUACUACGACGACAGCAACCAUAACGAUUACACCGACGUGGUGCCCGAAGACUUUUCCAGAAUUCACAACUAACAAAUUUUAAAAUACACCCCCCUCAACAAACUUUCAAAAGCCUUUAAUGUGUAAGUUUUUUGUAAAUAAAUCGUAGGUUUACGUCUAAAAUAUAAUAUUAUAAAAUUUUAAAUAAAAUUACGUUAUAAUCGUAUAAAUUUUUCGACUACGCGAAGCAAAUUCUUCAGUGCCAAUCAACUCUACGACGUUGUCAUAUUAUACUACGACACAUCGGUCAAAUGUAGAUUUCGAGCAGACUUGGGAAGUUUAACCGAACAACUUCCAAGAAGUCCAGCAAGUCUUGUUAAAGUAUUCGUCUUGCAUUACCCUAAGAAAACUCCUCGAACUACCAGUAAUCAUUCAAGUGCCAAUUUUAGUACUCAGUAAAUUUCGGCAAGUAUGACUGGAGUAUUGGAUGGUUUACUGCGUCCAGUUAUCGGUUAACAAUCGAAUGUGCCAGAUAUAUGGCAGUAGUGUGCGAUAAAUAUUACCUUUUUAUUUUUUUUUCAGCAGAAUAUAUAUAUGUAUUUUUCAAAUGACUGCUAACUUAUUUUAUUGGUUUUAAACAAAAUAUUAUUUUUAUCGUAUUUCUCUUGGACUUAUGAAUAAAAACAAAAAAAUCGGAUUAAAUAAACGCAGCAAAAUAUGGAUAAAAUGCAGUAAAUACUUAAGAAAAAUAAAAAGUCAUCGUACAACAGCAGAAGCUGAAAAACUUUUUUUAAUAAGUAUUAUUAAUUAUAAUUAAUUAUUAAGCUUCUGUCGACAUCUAAAAUUAAUCAGUGUUAAAAUUUAACUAAAAAUAUAUGUUUUGUAUAAUAAUAAAGUAAAAAAUUUUUAUAAUAUCUCAUUCGUAUAGAGUGUCAUUGUAAAAAUUAGCCUUACAACCUAUUG